AUGAUGAUGUUGAUCAUCUCGACUCGGCUUGCGCUUCCGCUUCCGCUUCCGCUUCCGUCUCCUUUCAAGCACGGUGCGGGCAUGAGUACUCGUCUCGCCACACCUGACUCGUUUUUCUCGACAGCGACCAUGGGCAAGGCAUUCUCGGUCGUUCUCGCCCUCACUGCCCUCGCCUGCUGCCUUGCUGGUGCAGGCCAGGCGAGCUUGAUUCCGGAGCUGGCCCAACAGCUGGAGGAGCUCGCAAUGUCGACGCCGACGUCUGUGGCUGCAUCGUGGGCGUAUGCUGUGGCGCGGGCGGAUGCGGCGAGCUCUGAUGACAUCCUGGUCUCGGCCAACGCUGGCCGGCUCUAUCCGCCUGCCUCCAACACUAAGAUCUUGACGCUUGCCACGGCGCUCCUCUCGGCAACGUCGCCAGAGAAGACUGCUCUCGAGACGCAGGUGUGGUGGUCGGCCGAUAGCGGACGCGUGUGCAUCAACGGCCGCGGCGAUCCGUCGAUGACCGCCGAUCGCCUGACUGGACUGGCAUCUGCAGCAGCUGACAAGCUGGGUGAGAGCAGUGUCACCUCGACCGCCGUCCACGUCUGGUCUGGCUACUACCCCGCCGUCGACGUCUUCCCGGCAACCUGGGAGCUCGAUGACUUUGUCUUUGACUACGGCUCGGGCAUCAACGGCGCCAUUGUGGACGAGAACAGGGUCACCUUUGCGCUCGCAGCCGGGCUUGCGGGCAGUACCAACAUCACCGUUGUCUACCCGCCGUCUGCCGCCUCAGCCAUGCCUGUUGACCUCUCUGGUCUUGUCAUUGGCCCCUCCUCGUCCUCGCCCAGCCUCUCUGCUCGCUACCUUCCUGGUCGCUCUGGCCUCGUCAUCACCGGCUCGGUCCCGGCAGGCAAGGAGACGCCCGUGAGUGGGUAUGUCACCGUCCGUGGUGACGAGCUCUUUGCCAACACCUUUGCCAUGGGCAUGAACUCGGCUGGUGUGACUGUUACCGACGUCACGCUCGUCUCGAGACCGUGCGGCUUGGCUACCGACGACACGGUCGUUGCCUCGACCGCCUCGGACGCGGUCACCAGCCUCGCUCAUCACUGCUUGCUCGUCUCAGACAACACGUACGCAGAGUCGUUUCUUCGCCUGGUUGGAAAUGAUGGCCUUGCGGCGAGCCGGCUUGAUGUCCCAACUCUGGCCGAUCUUCCGCGCUCAGCUGUCGCUGCUGGCCUGGCACGCGUUCAUGCCACGCUCGUCGGCCAGCUCGGUGUUCGAGCCGACUCGUUUGUGCAGGCCGAUGGCUCGGGCGUCUCUCGGCGGAACCUUAUUUCAGCUGAUGCGCUUGUGGGCACUCUCAUCGGCAUGGCUCGCCACGGCCCGGGCUACGGCAACGACUCCCUCGCGCCGCUACUUCCGGUGGCCGGCGAGAGCGGGACCCUCGCCUCGCGCUUUGUGGGCACGCCGGCCCAGGGCCGGGUCUCGGCCAAGACCGGCACGCUUACGGGCGUCUCGGCGCUCUCGGGCUACAUCAACCGCACAGGACUCGGCGGCGACGAGUCGCGGCUGGUCUUCUCGGUCAUCGUCACCGGCUACGCCGACCACGCGUCGUCGGCCCGGGCCAUCAUCGACAACAUGGUUCUCGCCAUGCUGGAGGUCAACACCUCUGGCCCGGCGCCAUCGCCUGCCCACAAGUCCAAGUCGCACGCAGCAACUGUGGCACUGGCGGUCGCCGCUGGCGUUGCUGGCCUCAUGAUUCUCAUCGCCGGCGGCGCGUGGUGGCUCCGCAGCCAUGGCGCCGGCCGCGGCCCCGAGGGCGAUGUCUUGCUCGGGUAGCGAGCUGUUCAUUUUACGGCAGAAACUCGUAGCCUUCUUGCCCAACAAAGCAAACAGGGAGGACGA